GGAAAGGCAGGCAGAAGUAAAACUCGACAGCUCGGCAGUCUGAAUUCUGAAUUUCGUUGAGCUUGCUGACUAAGUGCUGUCGAACAAACUUUGUUUUCCCCCCGAGAAGUUCGGCGUGAAAUUCAAUUUAAUUGUCAAGUUAAACAACAAACUACUUAUUCGUUCCAAAAUGUUCGGAUUCUCAAAUAUCCACUUGUUCAUUGCACUUUUAAUCCUCGCGGUCUUCAAUGAUUCCAUCAUGGUUUCUGCUCACCCAUCUCGUGCAAUCAAAAAAAGACCAAGUGACACCUCGUCAGCAUCUCGACAGCGACGAUUGACAAGAAUGACAACAGAGGACCAGGAUGCCGCAUUCCUGGCUGUGGUUUCUGCCAAUUUUAAAAACGCUGGUCCUGAGCCGGUUUAUUCUGGUUCCAUCAUAUCCCCCAAAUGCGUGCUGACAUACUUCGACCAACUGACUCAAAAGUUUUGGGAACCCACUGGUCAGAUUGUUGAUGGCGCAACUCUUACAGCCGGUGUCCAAUCGAGUGCUCGGCCUACUGAUAUUCAAACCCGGUUUGCGCCCAUUGCGAACAUCGUGCCAUUUCCGGGACAAACGCCGGAAAGCCGAAAUGACGUCAACUCUUUGUUCAGAAACAGUAUGGCCCUGGUGAAAGUCGAACAGGCAUUCAUCCUGGGAACAGGUGUAAAGAGCAUAAAAAUUGCCAGAAACGUCGGCCCCAGUUUGUUGAAUGUGAACAAUCUGGGUAUUUACACCCACGUCAUCACGAAUGAAGAAGGAUCCGCAGCUGUCCUCCGAGGAUCCGACGACACACUCUACUUGACAGCGAUGACCAAAGGGGAUAUUUGCAAAACGAGUCCCACCACUGUUUUCCUUGGAUCAUCCAUGGCAUUCUCGGAUCACUUGGACACGAUUUGCAACGAACCCGAUGUCGACUGCGCAGAAGCAAAAUACCGAUUUGCGAGGAGAAAAUUAAAUGCUGUACUGUACUGA